AUGGCAUCCCGCUUGGCAAAGAGCGCCGUAGGCGCCGCUCGACUUCGUCCUGCACUUCCUCUCCGCACCCUUCCUGCCCUCACCACAUCGCUCACGAGCUAUCGAUCGGCAUCAAACGUGGCGGUGGAGGAUCCCAAGAAGAAGGCGCAAUCGAUUCUAGACUCUCUGCCAGGCAACUCGCUGGUCUCGAAGACAGCGAUCCUUUCGGCUGCAGCGGGUACCUCAAUCUAUGCUUUGAGCAACGAGUAUUAUAUCGUCAAUGAGGAAACCAUCGUCGCACUGUGUCUUAUCAGUGUGUGGACUGCGGUCUUCAAAUAUGGCGGGCCAAUGUACAAGGAAUGGGCCGACGGUCAAGUCAACAAGAUCAAGGGCAUUUUGAAUGCUGCUCGUGCCGAUCAUACCGAGGCUGUCAAGACGCGAAUUGAGAGCGUUCAACAAUUGGGCAGCGUUGUCGAUAUCACCAAGAACUUGUUCGAGGUCUCAAAGGAGACCGCAAGACUCGAGGCUAAGGCUUAUGAGCUCGAGCAAACCACUGCUCUUGCUGCGGAAGCUAAGAGUGUGCUCGACUCAUGGGUCCGAUAUGAGGGACAGGUGAAGAUCCGCCAACAGAAGGAACUCUCGGACAGCAUCAUCGAAAAAAUCCGCAAGGACCUCGAGAACCCCAAAGUCCUCCAACAGAUCUUGCAACAGAGCGUGGCAGACGUUGAGAGAAUUGUUUCGUCCAAAGCACAAUAG